AUGGACCCCUUGAGCGCGAUGGAGGAGCAGCGAGCAUACUUCAAGUGCGCAUAUGUUUGCUUUGACCGGCGUCGUACUCAGGAAGGGAUCAACAGCUGUGUGGAGAAUUGUAGUUUGCCUGUCCUUACCGCCAACAAUGUUGUUGAGAAUGAGAUGGCCAAGUUUCAGGAACUGUUGAACCGGUCAUUGAUGGUCUGUCAAGACAAGUUUGAAGCAGCCAAACUCCAGAAGAUGAAAACAGAUGCAACUCAGGAACUGGAAACCAGUGUCAGCAGAUCUAUCGAUGACAGCAUCAGGGUCCUCCCCCAUGUGGUGGAGAAGAUCAAGUCCACCCUCGUCCACCGCUACACCCGCCUCAUCACUGCUGCCUCUGCCUCCUCCCUAGUCUCCCUGCGUGCCCUCCUCCACAUCCAUGCCCGCACCAUCGUCCUCGGUGUAAUCCGCCAACCUGGCCUUAGCCACCGGCCUCCUCGCCGGCGUGGCUCUCGCCUCCCUCGCCUACACAUGCAGGGUGUUCGACGUCGCGCCUGUACGUGA